AUGGGUCUGCAAUCAACUUUCUUGGCUGCUUUUCUUUUGCUUGCAUGCAUUGCCUGCUUGUACCCUCACAUGGCAAUGGCUAAACAUGCCGCCACCGGCAUCACGAGAAACUAUAAGUUUGACAUACGCGUGCGGAAUGUGACGAGGUUGUGUAAGACGAAAAGCAUUAUAACCGUCAACAGGAAAUUCCCAGGGCCGAGGAUUAUCGCUAGGGAAGGUGACCGAGUGGUGAUUAAAGUGGUUAACCAUGUCUCGAACAAUAUCAGUAUCCAUUGGCAUGGAAUUCGACAGCUUAGGAGUGGAUGGGCUGACGGACCAGCUUACAUAACACAAUGCCCGAUACAAACAGGCCAAUCAUACGUUUACAACUUCACGAUAACCGGACAAAGGGGAACACUUUGGUACCAUGCCCAUGUUUCGUGGAUUCGGACAACCCUCUACGGCCCAAUCAUCAUUCUACCAAGGCAUAACACUUCGUACCCUUUUGUUAAGCCUUACAAGGAAGUCCCCAUUAUGUUCGGAGAGUGGUGGAAGGCCGACACGGAGGCUGUGAUCAAUCAGGCCCUUCAGACCGGAGCUGGCCCAAAUAAUUCAGACGCUUAUACGAUCAACGGCCUGCCUGGACCGUUGUACAAUUGUUCUUCCCCAAACGAAAUAUUUCGGCUUAAGGUGAAGCCCGGAAAAACAUACCUGCUUCGAUUGAUCAAUGCUGCGCUCAAUGACGAACUCUUUUUCAAAAUCACGAACCAUACGUUUACCGUUGUUGAUGCGGAUUCGAAUUACUCAGAAAUCAAAAACCAUUGUAGUUCAACUCUUGUCUACGAUGGGCCAUCCGAAGGACGGCAAUCAUCACAACAGUUUGUAACACCUAAACAAUCCAAACUCGAAGUUGAUGCCAAUACUGAUUGA